AUGAGCACUAAAUCGAAAUCGCCGCCAGCGUCAGAGCACAAGGGGCACGAGUCCGAAUACGUGGAAGAGGUUAAGAACCCAAGACUCGACAUUUCGUCACUUUCGCGUGCGGUCAGAGCAAGAAAAGCCGAGUACACACGCCGGCGAUCUGUUCGAGUCAAGGUUGGCACCUGGAAUGUAGCCGGCAUCUCCGGCACCGAGAAAGACAUCGGAAACUGGUUUGUUCAAGGAGACGGGGUGUGCCCGAAGUUCUCUGGGACAAGCUACGCGCACCCACAGGAGCCAGGUUCCCAAUCGCCCAGCAAGCACGACCAGCAGAAAUCGGACGGCGACAAAAAAAGAACUUUUCACCACAGCCCGGAAGAGAUAGACCUGUACGUCUUGGGUUUGCAAGAAGUGGUCGAUAUCUCUUCCCCAACGGAAGCACUCCGGCCAUACGUUGACUUGGCACCGUCCAAGCGGUGGAAGGAAGCAGUCCAAAAGGCACUACCCGGAGGAUAUCAGCUGGUCUCUGAAGUCCAGCUGGUCGGCUUGUUGCUUCUGAUAUAUGCGUCGCCCGCCAUUGGAGACAGUAUUUCUUCUAUUUGUAGUACAUCUGUCGGUACGGGGCUGAUGGGGUACAUGGGAAACAAGGGCGCCGUGACAACGCGCCUUGUCCUGGGCGAAACGACCCGUUUGGUCUUUAUCAACUGUCAUCUCGCAGCAGGGUCCGACAAAGGCAGCUUGGAGCGACGCAACUGGGACUCUUCUCAGAUUGUCCAGCGUACUAAAUUUGACCCGGUUUGGUCCGACGGUGACGGAUCGGGUGAUUCUGGCGAAUCAAUAGGAGAUGAAGAUUUCACUUUCUGGUUUGGUGACCUCAACUACCGCCUCGAUGAUAUCCCUAGUGACGAUGUGCGCCAAGUCCUCGGUCGGCAUACUGCUAAUGAGUACGACAAAAAGCGCCAAGAAAAGCAGUCGUCAAGCCAUUCCGGGGACUCCACGCCCGAUUCUGAUGAUGAGUCGCCUUCUUCUUCUCCCCCCGAAGAAAAGGAGACGGAUCCAGGCACGGACCCUGUCACUGACGAAGAGAUUGAUCCUCACAAUGACCCUGCGUCUCUUCAGACUACAAUUUCCUCACUUCUCCCGCACGAUCAACUCCGAGCUCAACAGAGAAAAGGAGCAGCUUUCCACAAGGGUUGGCGGGAAGGUGACAUCACUUUCUUGCCGACGUACAAAUACGAUGUUGGGAGUGUGGCUAUGUUCGAUUCGAGCGAGAAGCAGCGGGGUCCUAGCUGGUGUGAUCGGAUUCUGUUUCGCAGUCUACCGGACAAGCUGAGACAUGAGAAGCUCGAUCAGGAAGCGGAGGAGGCCCGAAAGAGGGACAAUGAGAUGAAGGCAAGCGGACUGGACAAGGCUGUUGCCGAUGAUAAUGUCUUGUUUGAAUAUGACCCUGAUGCAGACGGUGCAAACAGCGAGGAGUACAUAUCAGACGAGGAUCAAGCCGCUGAUGAUGAUGCUACCAUAGUUGCAUCACUGGACUCUGCCCAUGAUCCAAUGCGCUUAGACCACUACGUGUCACACCAGGGCAUUCUUUCGUCGGACCACAAGCCCCUAGAUGCUGUCUUUACCUUGAGUUUUGAUGCGGUCAAUCGCGAACUCAAAGCAAAGGUUCAUCAAGAAGUCGCCCGUGAAUUGGACAAGGUCGAGAAUGAAUCUCGGCCUGAUCUUACUAUUGUAGUGGAUAAGUAUGGUGACCAAAAGCAUACAGACAGAGAUCCCGACACCGUUGAUUUCGGCGAUAUUGCCUUCGACGUGCCGACUCAUCGGUCCCUAACCGUUGCCAACACUAGCGGCACCGCAGCCACUUUUUCGUUCGCGGAGCGGCAUGAAGGUGACGACGAGGGUAUCACACAGAUACCCUCGUGGCUUGUUCUGCACGUCUCCAAGUCUGCAGGCAUCGCCCAUGACACUGGCCAAGCGAUGUCUUCUUCGUCUGGGAACCAUACUCUGCUCCCUGGGGAAGUAGCAAAUGUCGAUGUCACGGCUUACGUUCGCAGCAUCAGACAUGUCCGGUUGCUUAAUAUUGGAAAGUUGAAACUAGAAGACAUCCUAGUCCUUCAUGUCGAUGGCGGCCGCGACCACUUUAUCCCUGUUCACGGCCGUUGGCUACCCACCUGCUUCGGUUGCAGUGUUGACGAGUUGACUCGCAUGCCAGAAGCGGGUGCUCGAAGUUUGGCGGAAUCAGACACCCCUCAUCCAUCCAGCACAGACAGUUCCACGGAAAUCCGCUUGUCGGCACCCCGCGAGCUUUUCCGACUGACUGAGGCGAUCUCCGAGCUGACGGAGCGCGCUGUCGCAGAGUGGAGCAUGACAAAUGGUGAAUCCGAGGAGCAUAAAGCCCCAUGGGCAACGGAUCUUUCCGGUGGAGCGUGGCCUUUCCAGCCCGAUACAUGGACUCUGAAGGACCAGCAGGAGCGUGCCGCGCUGCAAGCUUCCGUGCGUGAAGCCCUUGACACCAACAAGCCCCUCGCCUCAGUAUUUGCCCCUGAGACAUCAUCUCUUCAUCGCUUGGAGGUCCUAUCUGAAACCCUCCUCACUUUCCUUAAUGCACUCCAAGACGGCAUCGUCACAGCAAAAGUAUGGCAAGACAUGGAGCAACAGAUAACCGCGCGCGAGAAAAGCAAAUCCCCUCCUCGAAACUGGGAAGAAACCCAGGCCUGGGUGCUUGAGCACCUAGCCUACUCACCAGCACACAGCGUAUCAUUCACCUUUGUCACUUUUAUGCUCGCCCGCAUCGCCAAUGAAGUGGCUCCAGUAUCAUCCGAUACACCAUUGGUCCCAUUAUCCAAGCAAGGGAAGCCCAUUGUUCCCAACGAGCCGGCAGAUGAACAGGCUGGAACUGCAAGCCAGGAUCGAGCUCAAUCUCCUACCCCAGCUACCGCUACUGCCUUCAUAACCAGCGGCAGUUUCCGCCGCAAGAACCGCUCCACGAGUACAUCCGCUGGCACUACCCCCAACUCUACCGGUCAGAACCAGUCGAUAGCACGUCGACAAGCAGUCGAGACCGCUUUAGCAUCUGCCUUUUCACUCGUGCUUAUUUCCGCCUCUGCUCCACUGCCGCCUAAAGAGAAAGACCGUCGUAUAUCCGAAGAUCGCAGGCGAUCAAUCAUUGAACCAUUCUUAAAGAUGGUUGCGGUGGAUAAUCGAGGUCCAUCUGGGGGCCGGUGUUGA